CGGUGCAUGCGCGUGUGUGUGCGUGUGUGCGUGCUCCUCUUUCAGUGCGCCUCUGCUGCUGCUGUGCGCUCCUGCCCGUCUUUAUCUCUCUCUCUCGCUAUCUGUGCGCGCGUGCACGAGUGUCACCACCCCCCCACCCGCCUCCGCCUCUCGUCCCCUUCUCGCGCAGUCCUCCCGGUGUCCGGUCCUGGUCUCGAGGCGUCGCGGUUGGAGGUAUGUAGGUCCGGAUCCAGCGCGCCGAGCAGCAUGUAGCAACCUGGAGCCGCCGCGCACAUCGCCUCCUCCUCCGGCUUCCUCCCCCCUCCCUCACCCCCUCCUCCCCCCUUCCUGGAGCGCGGUCGUUUCUCCUCUCGGGAAAGAAGCCUCGAGGAUUUGUUUUUAUUCUAAGGGGGUCGGCGGCGGCGGGGACGCCCGUUUAAAUGCCCCUUUAGAGGAGUGCUCGUGCGUGUUCGUGCCCGCCGCUCUGCACCUCCCGGUCGAUGGUCGUUGAGGAAGCUUCCAUCUUGAGUCUCGCUUCCACCGACGGCACCAUGGCGAGCGACUCCCCGGCGCGGAGUCUGGACGAGAUAGACCUGUCUGCACUACGGGACCCAGCUGGUAUCUUUGAGCUGGUCGAACUGGUUGGAAAUGGCACCUAUGGGCAGGUCUACAAGGGUCGCCAUGUCAAAACAGGACAGCUUGCUGCCAUCAAGGUCAUGGACGUCACAGGAGAUGAGGAGGAGGAGAUUAAAGCAGAGAUCAACAUGUUAAAGAAGUACAGCCACCACAGGAACAUAGCGACCUACUAUGGAGCCUUCGUCAAGAAGAACCCUCCGGGGAUGGACGACCAGCUUUGGCUGGUGAUGGAGUUCUGUGGAGCCGGCUCGAUUACCGAUCUGAUCAAAAACACCAAAGGAAACACUCUGAAGGAGGAGUGGAUCGCCUACGUCUGCAGAGAGAUCCUCAGGGGUCUGACCCACCUCCACCAGCACAAGGUCAUCCACAGAGACAUCAAGGGCCAGAACGUGUUGCUGACGGAGAACGCAGAAGUUAAACUAGUGGACUUUGGUGUGAGCGCUCAGCUGGACCGCACGGUGGGACGGAGGAACACGUUCAUCGGGACGCCGUACUGGAUGGCGCCCGAGGUCAUCGCCUGCGACGAAAACCCCGACGCCACGUACGACUUCAAGAGUGAUCUGUGGUCGCUCGGCAUCACGGCCAUCGAGAUGGCAGAGGGAGCGCCACCUCUGUGCGACAUGCAUCCAAUGAGAGCGCUCUUCCUCAUUCCCAGAAAUCCCGCCCCCAGACUCAAGUCUAAGAAGUGGUCGAAGAAGUUCCAGUCCUUCAUCGACAGCUGCCUGGUGAAGAGCCACAGCCAGCGGCCGAGCACCGAGCAGCUCCUGAAGCACCCGUUCAUCAGGGACCUCCCCAACGAGCGGCAGGUCCGCAUCCAGCUGAAGGACCACAUCGACCGCACCAAGAAGAGGAGGGGGGAGAGGGAUGAGACAGAAUACGAGUACAGCGGGAGUGAAGAGGAGGAUGAAGAGAGGGAAGUCGGAGAGCCCAGCUCCAUCAUCAACAUCCCCGGGGAGUCGACCCUGAGGCGGGACUUCCUGCGCCUCCAGCUGGCCAACAAGGAGCGCUCGGAGCUGAUCCGGCGUCAGCAGCUGGAGCAGCAGCAGAACGAGGAGCACAAGCGCCAACUGCUGGCCGAGAGGCAGAAACGCAUCGAGGAGCAGAAGGAGCAGAGGAGGCGGCUGGAGGAGCAACAGCGUCGGGAGCGAGAGAUGAGGAAGCAGCAGGAGCGAGAGCAGAGGAGGCGCUACGAGGAGAUGGAGCAGCUCCGCCGAGAGGAGGAGAGGAGGCACGCCGAGAGAGAGCAGGAGUAUAUCCGUAGGCAGCUGGAGGAGGAGCAGAGGCAGCUGGAGAUCCUGCAGCAGCAGCUCCUGCAGGAGCAGGCCUUACUGCUGGAGUACAAGAGGAAGCAGAUCGAGGAGCAGCGGCAGGCCGAGCGGCUGCAGAGGCAGCUGCAGCAGGAGCGAGCGUACCUGGUGUCGCUGCAGCAGCAGCAGCAGCAGGACCCUCAGCGGCCGCCGCAGGACAAGAAGCAGCUGUACCACUACAAGGACCAGGCGCCGAGCGCCAACGACAAGCCGGCCUGGGCCAAGGAGGUGAUGCGUCGCGCUCUGAGCAACUCGCCCCGCGUCCCCCCCAAGAAGUCCCACUCCUUCAGGGAGACGCGGGACGUCAACCUGGGCAACCUCCUCUUGCUCCCCGGUUACAAACCCCACCGCCGCCGCCGCCCCCCUUCCUACCCGGCCCACGUCAGUCCCUCUAGGAGUCACCUGCACGUGCCUCAGAUCCGCGUCACCUGCGUGCCUCCGCCGGGGAUGCGCCGCCAGGUCCAGGGGAGGAGCCCCGUCAGGAGCCCCGACGCCAGGGGGCGGAGCCCCGCCCGCCGGGUGGAGGAGCAUUAUAAGAUGAACCGACAGACUUCUCCUGCGUUGCAGCACAAAGUCUCAAACCGGAUCUCCGACCCGUCGCUGCCGCCGCGCUCCGAGUCCUUCAGCAGCGGCGGCAUCCAGCAGGCCCGGACCCCCCCGAUGCACCGCUCCGUGGAACCCCAGAUGGCCCACCUGGUGCAGGUGAAGAGUCACGGUCUGUCAGGCUCCCAGUCUCUGUACGACCCCCACGGCGUGUCCUCCUCCUCGGCGUCGCCCUCCCCCUCCCGGCCUCCCAUGCCCCGGCAGAACUCCGACCCCACCUCCGACACCCCUCCUCCCCCGUCCCUCUCCCGCCUGGCGCCCCCCCUCGACAAGCUGGACCGCAGCUCAUGGCUGCGGCAGGACGACGACAUGCCGCCGAAGGUUCCUCAGAGGACGACCUCCAUCUCUCCUGCUCUGGUCAGGAAACACUCUCCUGGAAACGGACCCGGCCUCGGACCUCGACCCGGAGCUCACCUUAUACGGGCCAGCAACCCCGACUUGAGGAGGACCGACACGUCCAUGGAGACGCCCAUGAAGAGGACGAGCAGCGGCAGCUCCUCCAGCUCGAGCACCCCGAGUUCCCAGGGAGGCUCCAACGAACGAGGUAAUUCAGCCGUUAAGACUGAAGGCUCAACACUUUCUUCCCAAGAGACCAAAGAUGACAGGGAGACACGACCCAGCAGGCCUGCAAGCUAUAGGAAAGCUGUAGACGAGGACCUGACGGCUCUGGCCAAAGAGCUCCGGGAGCUCCGGCAGGGCGAGGAGACCAGCCGGCCGCCCGUCAAAGUGACGGACUACUCGUCGUCCAGCGAGGACUCUCACAGCAGCGAGGACGAGGAGGGAGAGGGCGGGGCUAAUGACGGGAGCGUGGCCGUCAGCGACAUACCGCGCAUUAUGCCGGCAGCGAGUCAAGGCCCCGAGUCCUUCGGCAUGAUGGGAGGUCACAACGACGGCCACGACGACGCGUACGGAAACAGCUCCCAGGACGGCACCCUGAGGAUGCGUGAGUUCGCGAUGGGAAGCAGCGGAGGCUCCAAGUCUUCCUUCACUCCCUUCGUAGAUCCGAGGGUGUACGGGACCUCCCCGACCGACGACGACGACGACAACAUCUCGGCCUCGGCGCUGUUCACCGACGAGCUGCUGAAGCACGAGCACGAGCAGGAGCAGGCGAGGCUCAACGAGGCCCGGAAGAUCUCGGUGGUCAACGUCAACCCGACCAAUAUCCGGCCGCACAGCGACACACCGGAGAUACGCAAAUACAAGAAGCGCUUCAACUCUGAGAUCCUCUGUGCGGCUCUGUGGGGAGUGAAUCUGCUGGUGGGGACGGAGAACGGCCUGAUGCUGCUGGAUCGAAGCGGUCAGGGAAAAGUUUACAACCUCAUCAAUCGACGGCGCUUCCAGCAGAUGGACGUCCUGGAGGGGCUCAACGUGCUGGUCACCAUCUCAGGGAAGAAGAACAAGCUGCGUGUUUACUACCUGUCCUGGCUGAGGAACAGGAUAUUACACAACGACCCCGAGGUGGAGAAGAAACAAGGUUGGAUCACCGUCGGGGAGCUGGAGGGCUGCGUACACUACAAAGUUGUGAAGUACGAGAGGAUCAAAUUUUUGGUGAUUGCUCUGAAGAACGCCGUGGAGAUCUACGCCUGGGCGCCAAAACCUUAUCACAAGUUUAUGGCCUUCAAGUCGUUCACUGACCUGCAGCAUCGGCCCCAGCUGGUCGACCUCACCGUGGAGGAGGGACAGAGGUUAAAGGUCAUCUACGGCUCCAGUGUCGGCUUCCAUGUCAUCGACGUGGACUCUGGAAACCCCUACGACAUCUACAUCCCCUCACAUAUUCAGGGUCAGGUGACCCCGCACGCCAUCGUGGUUCUCCCCAAGACGGACGGCAUGGAGAUGCUGCUGUGCUACGAGGACGAGGGCGUCUACGUCAACACCUACGGACGCAUCACCAAAGACGUGGUGCUGCAGUGGGGCGAGAUGCCCACCUCCGUCGCCUACAUCCACUCCAACCAGAUCAUGGGCUGGGGAGAGAAGGCCAUUGAGAUCCGCUCCGUGGAGACGGGACACCUCGACGGAGUUUUCAUGCACAAGCGAGCUCAGCGACUGAAGUUCCUGUCGGAGAGGAACGACAAGGUUUUCUUCGCCUCGGUGCGUUCUGGAGGCAGCAGCCAAGUCUUCUUCAUGACCCUCAACAGAAGCUCCAUGAUGAACUGGUAACCUUCGACCCACAACUUCUUCUUCUUCUUCACUCUGAACAUCACCCCGACAUCCGGAGAGAAGAAGGACAAUCUGUGUGUGCGUGUUGUGUGUUUGUGGAGGAAAUCAACGAGCUGUCGAACAGACGAUUGAGCCCCCAUCCCCCACUCCCACUCCCCCCGCCCCCCCCUGUAAAGAUACCCUCCAACUGUAGGUGGCGCUGCAGGCCUCAUGGAUGGUGUCACUUCCUCCGCCUUCCGUUGGAUUGGGCAGAUGGUUGUUCUCGAGGGUCUCCAUCACGGCUUUGAAAGGACACUUUUCUGACCUCCCCCAUUGGACCGGAUGGGGCGCCGUGGAGAAGUUCUCUGUAGCACGUUAAUGAGUUCUUACCGGGGGUUCACACUGCGAGCACCACCCCGAAUCCUCUUCCACCGCUCCGUGUUAUAGUGAACGAACUGGUUGUUAACGUAGCAUCGAUGGAUGGAGAAAACUCGGGAUUGUGCUUUACUGAAGUCAGUUUAAAGGGUUCUUAAAGGAACCUGUAGUCUUUUUAAAGAACCGUUGAAAAAAACGUUUUUUUUUAAAAAAAGAAAGAAAGUGGGUCCUCUCGGGAACCCUUUUUUCUCACACUAGAGUGUAAAGCCACGGCUGAAAACUUUUACCUCAAGGUCGCUUUGCAAAGUUCUGCAAUCGAAGGGUGACCGACGUGGCCCGAGGGCCACUUUCAGUUAGAGUGGCGAGCUUCAAUCCAGCGUUUGACAUUCAUCAUCGGACAAUCUGACGAGCCUCAAAACGCGAAUUGUACAGUUGUCACGCAGAUUUAAACGUUCUUGGACUGAUCAUGCACCUUUAAAAAAAAAAAAAAAGAGAGAGAGAGAUUUUCAUAUUCAUAUUCAUGCAUUUUACAGAAACAAAAAAAAACAAAAAAAGUGGACGCACGUCAUCUUCGUCCUUUUCCUAAGAAGAAUCCAGCGUGACGCCACUGGACGAGACGUUGAAAUCGGCUUCUAAAUAUCGUGGCCCUUGUUGUCGACACCUGAUCCGCUCGCGAAGACUGAAUCUCAAUCGAUGUUUUUUAGUCUAACGUCUUGUAGCAAAACCUUCUUUUUUUUUUUCGGCUGUCGGGGAUGUUUUCCUUCGAGAAGCAAAAAGUUCUUAUCUAGAAACCCGUAAUAGUGUCGCGUUGUUUCCCUGGUGGACGGACUCCAUGACGGUGUUGCUCACAGUGUGAACACUCAUUUUGAGCGCUGCUGCUGAAACACCUUCCCCCCCCCCCACCCCCCUUUUUAGGACAGAAAAAAAAAGAAAGAAAACCACAUAAAAGCAGCGAGAGUCACGGGGGGAAUCAGACAUGUUGCACUCGUCAGGCUACUUCAUCCUGGUGUGUUUCUGUGGGGGGAAGGAAGGUUGUAGAUAUUGUAUUAUUGCUGCAACAGCAACACAAUAACAAAAGAUCUUUGCACGGUAGUCGCCAAACUUCUGGAAGGUUUUAAUGCGCUUUGUUUGUUUCUCUCCACCUCUUCCUGUCCCCGCUGUUGUGUAUACGCUGUAAAUAUCACCUUGAUGUUAAAAAAAAAAGCAGACGAGGACACUGAAAAGAAGAACAAAAUAAUAAUAACAGGUUGGGUUUUUUUUUGUUGAUCACGCUUCUAUAAAUCUGUCUGUUUCCUUCAGGUGGGAAGGCGCUUUUUAAACUUUUUUUUUGUUGUUGUGACGAGCGAAGACUUUCACUCUUUUUCUCCGUAGUUCAUCACCGUUUAUUUAGUUUUUUUGCAUGGUGACAUACACGUUUUACCUGUCGUCACUUGUUAUGAAUUGUAAGAUUUUAAGGCAAUACGCGGACGGGUCUGACUGUAGAAGCUGCACGCUGUGAGAGUCAAAACUUUCUACACGAGUCCCCGAGGAGGUUUCUUUUGUUUUUGAGGUUGUUGUUUCGUUUCUUCUCUCUCACAACACUGAGCUGUAAAGUGAACGUUUUUAGAAAGCAUGUGGGCUUUUUUUUAUCUCACGAUUAAGUCAAGAUUGUACACUGGAUGAUUUACAAGUUUACCAUUCAAUUUAUAUUUUAGUUUUUUUGUUGUUGUUGUUGAUGCUCACACUCGAGACGAGCACAGCGUCACUUUCGGAUGGCGUUUUCUAUUUUUUAUUACUUAUUUUUUCUGGUUUGGCGACGGUCUCCGUAAACACUGACGUUGGUGGGAUUGCGAUCGGGCUGCGAAGAGAGGAGAGCGGUUCACCUUUUACUUGAUGUUUCUUUUCUUCGUUGAUCUUUUUAAAGGGUGUGAUCGGUGCGAGCGAUGCCGCUUUGAGGCCCAGCUGAAGCCUUUCACAUGUGCAGGAUGUUAGCGUUAAUCAGCACCCUGUGAAUAAAGGUCCGGGGGCAGGGUCAGUGUGAGAGACCGUAGAUUAAAACAUUUAAAAAAAGAUAUAUAUACUGUAAGAAUUUUCGUUAUAUCUUACUGAUUAUUUUAGAGAAAGACAAAAAAUAAACACUUAUUAAAGCUUAGUUGUCUUUCUACACAAUAGAGAACAUAGCUAUAAGAAUUUCUAAAAACAAAACAAAAAAACAAUGUUUUUAUUGUGGUAUUAUUUGUAUUUGUAUUUCAAUUUUUGUACGUAUCAAGACUGUGAACGUAUGUACGGCUGCCAGCCUGUGAGUGUGUGUGUGUGUGUGUGUGUGUGUGUGUGUGUGUGUGUGUGUGCGCGCAGGUGUGCGCACAGGUGUGUGACAUGCAUGUGAGUGUAUGUUUUCACCUUGUCUGAAUCACUGGAAUCAGUCAAAAGACGACCUCAAUCUGGUGACACACAUGUGUGAUGUUGGAAACUCUUCAAAUAAAUGUCCUCUCCUUGUACAGCAACA